AGGAAGGAGAGAAAGGAGGAGAGAAGGGUGGAAUAGGGUUGUCCUCCUCCCCUUGAGUCCUGAGCAAGCCUUCCCUUGCUGGGGAGAGGAGCCAUGGCUAGGAGCAAGGUGGUUCUUUGCAGCAAGCUGGGCUUUGUUGUUCUCCUGGCCCUUUUCUUGCUGGGCAUCUUGGUGGGCUGGUCUGUGAAAUCAUUUGAUAAAUCGAGCAGCACAGUCAACACCUUUCAAAAUAUGAGAACGCAACUUCUCACAGAAAUGAAAGCUGAGAACAUCCAGCAUUUUCUUCGUGCUUUCACCAAGUUCCCACAUGUAGCAGGAACAGAACAAAAUCUUCGCCUGGCAAGACAGAUUCAGGCUCAGUGGAAGGACUUUGGCUUGGAUACAGCCGAGUUGGUUCAUUAUGAUGUCCUACUUUCCUACCCGAAUCAAAGCACCCCCAACUAUAUUGCCAUUAUAGAUGAACAGGGAAAUGAGAUUUUCAAGACAUCACUUUCUGAGCUCCCCCCUCCAGGAUAUGAAGAUGUCUCUGGAAUCCUACCACCUUAUAAUGCAUUUUCAGCACAAGGCACACCAGUGGCAGAUUUGGUGUAUGCAAACUAUGGACGCACUGAAGAUUUUUUCACGCUAGAGCGGAAGAUGGGAAUCAACUGCACAGGAAAGAUUGUCAUUGCCCGGUAUGGGAAAAUAUUCAGAGGAAACAAAGUUAAAAAUGCCAUGUUAGCUGGAGCUAAAGGAAUUAUCCUUUACUCAGACCCUGCGGAUUACUGCGCACCUGGAGUCAAAACUUAUCCAGAUGGAUGGAAUCUUCCUGGAGGAGGAGUUCAGCGAGGAAACGUGUUAAAUCUCAAUGGGGCAGGAGAUCCUCUGACUCCAGGCUAUCCAGCCAAAGAAUACACCUUCAGGUAUGAGAUGAAUGAUGGAGUAGGGAUUCCCAAAAUCCCGGUUCAUCCCAUUGGCUACCAUGAUGCUGAAAUGUUACUACGGUUCAUGGGAGGAUCAAAAGCUCCAGAUGAGACUUGGAAGGGAAACCUGAAUGUGUCCUAUAAUGUCGGGCCUGGGUUUUCAGGCAUCUACUCCACAAGAAAAGUCCAAAUGCACAUUCACACAGUCAGUCAGAUUACACGGAUAUACAAUGUUAUUGGGACUAUCAAGGGAUCCAUUGAACCUGAUAGGUAUAUCAUCCUUGGUGGCCACAGAGACUCCUGGGUGUUUGGUGGCAUCGACCCAACCACAGGGGCAGCUGUUCUUCAGGAAGUUGCAAGGAGUUUUGGCAAGAUGGUAAUGCAAGGUUGGAGGCCUAGAAGAACUAUCAUUUUUGCCAGCUGGGAUGCAGAAGAAUUUGGGUUGUUAGGUUCAACAGAAUGGGCAGAGGAGAAUGCCAAGAUUUUGCAGGCAAGGGCUGUCGCUUACAUCAACACGGAUUCUUCAAUAGAAGGCAACUACACAUUAAGAGUUGACUGCACUCCCCUUCUCAAUCAGUUGGUGUAUAAUCUGACAAAAGAGAUCUCAAGCCCUGAUGAAGGAUAUGAAGGGAAAUCUCUCUAUCAGAGCUGGAUUGAGAAAGAUCCCUCCCCAGAAAAUAGACAUCUCCCCAGGAUAAACAAACUUGGAUCAGGCAGCGAUUUUGAAGCUUAUUUCCAGCGAUUGGGGAUUGUGUCAGGAAGAGCACGAUAUACUAAGAAUAGGAAAGUGGACAAAUUCAGUAAUUAUCCAGUUUACCACAGCACCUAUGAAACCUUUGAGCUGGUGGAGCGCUUUUACGACCCUAAGUUCAGGAAGCAGCUUGCUGUUGCUCAGUUGCGGGCGGCCAUGGUCUAUGAGCUUGCUGAUUCCCAGGUUCUUCCUCUUCAUUGUCCAGAUUAUGCAGGAGCUUUAAGGAUCUAUGCUGACGGAAUCUACAAUUUGGCCAAGAAACACAAAGCCCAACUUGAGAUGCACAAAGUAUCCUUUGCUCCCCUUUUUUCUGCUGUGUCGAACUUCACAGAUGAAGCAGCAGAUUUUCACUACAGAUUGUCACAGCUUGAUAAGAAUGAACCCAUAGCUGUGAGGAGAAUGAAUGACCAGCUAAUGCUUCUGGAGAGAGCUUUCAUUGAUCCUCUUGGUUUACCAGGCAGGCAGUUUUACAGACAUAUCAUCUUUGCUCCAAGCAGUCACAACAAGUAUGCAGGCGAGUCCUUCCCUGGGAUCUAUGAUGCUUUGUUUGACAUCGAUAGUAGAACAGACCAAAACAAAGCUUGGGAGGAAGUCAAGAGGCAGAUUUCCAUAGCAGCCUUCACAGUGCAGGCUGCUGCAGGGACAUUAAAAGCUGUGAUGUAGGACUGGAAUGAUGAGAGAUGACCUGUUGGAACUCUAGAACUCGAAAAAUGAUAAAUCUACAAGUUGAUGGAAUUUUCAAGAGCAGUGUGUAUGUGUGUCUUCAAGUCACCUGUCAACUUAUGAUGAUCCCAUGAAUUUCAUAGGGUUUUCUUAGGCAAGGAAUACUCAGAGGUGGUUUUGCUACUUCUUUCCUCUUUAAUUUAUCCUACAGGACUUCAUAUUCAUUGGCACUCUCCAAUCCAACUAUUAACCAAAGCUGGCCUGGCUUACCUUCCAGGAACUGAUGGGGUCUGGUGCCUUUAGGGUAUUGAGCACCAUCACGCUAUUUCAUGCAUCAUGGAUGUGGACCAUGUAAUGGCUACCAGUCCAAACCAUGGCUAUGUUCACUACAGCUAAUGGGAACUGCAGCCCAUCCUCUGGAGAACCACACACUCCUCAUUUUUUUCUAGUGUAUUUUUUUAAGUACCUUUAAUUAGAAAUAUCCACAAAGUUUGACUGUAAACUGCUUAUUUUUACUUUACUGCCUUUGGUUUCAACUGUCAUGUCCAGUCCACAGACCUCUGAAUUGAUGAUAGAAUCAAAGAAUUGGAAGAAAUUUAAAGUCCAACCCCAUUCUGCCAUGUAGGAACACACAAUG